GCUCAUAACGGAGUACGUGCUUAUAAUAUUUUCACCGGUUAUCAUUUGUAUCAUUUCUGUUAAUCUAGUCCCGUGUGCGAAUUCUUACUGCGCGGUAGCGUUCGGCAAAACAAAGGCGGGAUUCGUAGACGAUUAACGCAUCUUGGACGUUGAUAAAGAAAUGUUGGAAUACCGUGAUCUCUUGCCCAUCGUCUAGCGCCAUCUAUCGACCAAACAAGGCGAGAAAACGACACGGGGUGGGCAAACAAAUUGGCAACCAACAAAGCGUUAAAAUAUUUUUCAGCGCUGGAUGUGUCUUGUUUUAAAAAUAGUUAAAUGAUUAGAUUAAAUGAAGUGUGUGGAUUAGUGUGUCUGUCUACUGAAGUGGAUUACUAAUUCAUAUAGUGCGGGAAAUUAUAGUGAACAUAAAAUAACACUGAGUUCAAUGGCAUCGUCAUAAAUAACAGUCUGGGAUUCACUUGUUUGAAAAUAUUAAUAAUGAUUUGUGACUUCUAUUCUUGAUAAACUUAUAUUCAGCGUUUUCAUAUAUAAAACAAGGAUUAAAAACAGGAUUCCAGUGUUCUAUGAAUAUGUUCACACUCGGAAUAUGUACAUUCUUUCGAUAUGUAGUGAUUAUUAAUUAAGUUGAAAUGUGGGCUUUAUUAAUAAAUUAUCAAUAAUUAAAACGCGAACUUAAUCAUCGUGUCAUAUCAGACUUGAAAGUUUUCAAUUACUUUGUGCAUAAAAUAUUGUUCAGAUGUGCAUAUGCUUGGUUUGCAUAUAAUUGAAAACAAGCCGUGCGACAUUCAUGGGUUCAGCGUUCUCAUUUCGCCAAAUAUGACUUCAUAAUGCGUCUGCAGGUAUACCCCAAGCUGCGGAAGUGUUAGGAUGUCGUAACGAGAGUCACAUUGCAAAGAAGGAUUUCAGCGAGUGUCAAUCAAGCGCAGAGGCGGAGUCUAGUCGAUAGCGAGGCUGUAGUGCUGUGGAAUAUCAAACUGAACUGAUGCCAAACACAGUGUAAACAUACAAAAUGAAGUGGCGAGCAGCAACAAUUAUCAUUCUAGGGAUUUUAAACAUACUAAUUUUAUUACCAAAGGUAUUAUGCAGCGGAGUUUUUGAGCUCAACCUGUCAACGUUUAAUAAUUCUCGAGGCUUGGAUUACGAUGGAAAUUGCUGCAAUGGGGUCAUGGACUCCAGUAGCCCGGCCGCCGGGCCUAUCUGCACGCAGCCCUGUCACACGUUCUUUACGAUAUGUUUAACAAAUUACAUGGCGAAUAUCCCGCCGGAUUUAAGCAAGGCGAACUGCUUGUUUGGAUAUGUUUCAACGGAUGUGUUAGGAUCUAACGAUGUGAAUUUCCAAAAACUCACUGGAUUUAACAAUGUGAUUUCCUUCCAUUUCAAUUUCUCCUGGCCGGGAACGUUUUCCAUCAUAAUUGAAGCUUGGCACGAUGCAACCCUUAAGAACCCUGUUACAGGGAGCCCGAGGGAGCGGAUCUCGCGCCUGGCGGUCCAGAGGGAGCUGAAGGUGGGUCCGGAGUGGAGCAACUUCAUUCACAAGACCGACCGCACCCAGCUCGAAUACCGCUACCGCGUCACGUGCGAUGUCAAUUACUAUGACGCCGGGUGCUCGAAAUUGUGCCGACCACGUGACGACCAUUUCGGCCAUUACACGUGCGACUCCAAUGGGGAUAUCGUCUGCAUGACCGGAUGGACGGGCGCAUUCUGCGACCAAGCAAUCUGCUUGACCGGGUGCGAUCCAGAAAACGGUUACUGCAGCAGCCCCUAUGAAUGCAAGUGUCGCAGCGGAUGGGAGGGCGAGUUCUGCAAGGAGUGCAUCAAGUACCCCGGAUGUAAGAACGGCACGUGCACCAAACCCUGGGAGUGCAAUUGUGACGAGGGGUGGGGCGGCCUCUACUGUAACCAAGAUUUGAACUUCUGCACACACCACUCGCCGUGUCUCAACGGUGGCGUGUGCCAAAACACCGGAAGCGGAAGUUACACGUGCACGUGCCCGGAAGGGUUCAACGGCACGAACUGCGAGAGGGAGGUGGAUGAUUGCCUGUCGAGGCCGUGCCAGAACGGGGGCUCGUGCGUGGAUGUCGGCAAUGGUUACCAGUGUAACUGCCCGGUGUCGUAUACCGGCAAACGCUGUGACAUUCGCGCGGAGAGCUGCGAGAAGAACCCGUGCAAAAACGGCGCCACGUGCGUGGAAGGUCAAGGGUCAUAUUCGUGCCGAUGUCGUUCAGGCUUCACGGGCUACAAUUGCGACAUUGAUAUCAACGGCUGCGACCCAAACCCAUGCAGAAACAAUGGUCGGUGUAUCGACCAGGAGACCGAAUUUAAGUGUGUCUGUGAGCGGGGUUUCUCCGGAAGAGUCUGCGAGGUGAACGUGGACGAUUGCUCGAACAUGCCCUGUCGGAAUGGGGGCACUUGCCUGGAUCAGGUCAACGAUUUCGAGUGCCGCUGCGUUCCGGGGUUCGUCGGCGACCUGUGCGAGGUGAAUGUCGACGACUGCGAAACGCGUCCAUGUGCUUAUGGGGGUAUCUGCCACGACCUGGUGAACGACUUCAAUUGCACGUGCCGAACGGGCUAUACCGGCAAGUUCUGUACAAUCGUGAUUAACCCGUGUGACAGCAACCCUUGUCGGAACGGCGCCUCAUGCAGAGCGUCUUUUAAUACCUACGUGUGUGACUGUGUGCCUGGAUUCACGGGGAUAAACUGCCAGAAUAUUCCCGGGCAAAUUGUGACAACACUUCCGACGGCCCAGGACCCGACAACUGAGGACGUGCGAUCGACGACACUGCCUCCCGUUGCCGAAAGUCCUCAGCCAAUACGGGAGGAUGAGCCGGAGUUCACGACGACGCAGUUGCUGUUAAUUGUGUGCUUAGGUGUAGGCAUACCGCUAUUGGCUAUCAUUAUAGUCGUGACAAUUUUAUUGUGCCGCCGGCGGCGCCGGCCGUUAGAGACUCAAAAAGAGCAGGACGAUAACUUAAGAAAUUCCAUAAAUAAUAAGCUGAGGGAGUCAAAGAUUUUUACCACGGUCCCUCACAGCAGUUCAACAUUUUCCAAUUUAACUAGCAAAAUUUCCAAUGAAGACAAUGACUUGAACACUUUGAAAUCCUUUCGGAGACCUACGUCACAAAUAUACGUAGCAGACAAGCCAAUAAAUAAGCAGUUAAUAAAAAAUUACAACAAAGACUUGCAAGUGCAUACAAGGCACAGAGACUUAGAGAAAACCAGCAAGUGCUAUGAUAAAGAGAACACUUGUGUAACCAUUGAUCACACAUCAAAUUUAGAUAUCAGGGAUUACCAAAGUUCGCCAGAUAUCCACUUCAUCGACAAGCACAACAACAGAGAUAUUAUCAACAGAAACUCAUUAUUAAUACUGGAGCCCCAGUUGCACCAGGAACCGCACAGACACAGUAGUUACUAUGGCGACGACGUCCUGGCAACGGAAGUGUAGUGACGUCACAGACGAUUAGACAAUCUGUAUACACCCAAACUGCAAUAUAUUUAAAUUAUUUUGAAACACUUAAGUGUAUUUAUUGCUAUAGAGAUCUCUUAUGUUGACUUUUCGCGGAGCUACAUAUCUAGGUAACGUGGACGCCCGGUGUCGUCUGCUCUUUCAAUUGUGUCGUCUGCCAGGCCACUUCCGCUCGUGCCUUGUGUGCUGGACGUUUGGCUCACACGAGUGUUCUGGUGGCUUUCGAGGAGGAAAAUUCCAAAGAAAAAAAAUGGCAUCACCUUCUUCACAAAACCAAUUACAUAAACGGGGGAUUAAACACUGUCUCUGGGAGAUCAUACGUCCACGUGCUGUGUCACGUGACCGUCAUCAAAUGACGUCAUCAGUGACGUGUUUUUCUGCGUGUCAUACUGUCAUGGUACAUUACACAACAAAACUUUUCGCCAUUUUGUUGUACUGUACGAAAUGCUCGUUUGACCUAUGUAGUUAUAAACAUUCUGUUUGUUGUCUGGAACCGGUUAGUGGAUGUCUGUCCGAUCAUGCCCUCCAUUUAUCAAACAUAAUCACGUGAUCUGGAUUUCGCAAUCGACGUUCAAACAUAACUUUGCCAUAUCAACGUGCAGGGCGGUGAUUUAUGCAUAAUCAAGAAUAUUUUUAAUCGAAACCACCGUUUGCCUACGGGAACACAUGUGCUGUCAUCAAUCAUGUUGUAGAGGGGAAAACGAACAUUCAUUUUACCAUCAGUCAUAGUAGAAAUCCAUAAGUGCUCAAUUCCUUGAAGGGACAUUAACCUUGUGCAUAUAGACAUAAAUGAAACUCUGGUUGGGUAUAUGAUAAAGGGUGGAAUGGAGUAACAAUGGGUUGUGUAUUAUAGUGCUUUUGUGUGCAAUUUGCCAUUUGUUAAGAUCAUGUGACCAGUCAACUUUGAAUAAUUUGUGUAGCAAAUGCUCGAGUACAAGUACACCUUGCUUUUGUUGUGUGUGGAAUCUGGUCCUUACAUAUUGUGUAUAUACUAUAGUACGAAACCGUUUUGUCACCAUGGGAACACAAUCGCAGAUGUAAAUUCAUUAUUGAUGUUUGUGAAAAUUAAUGAUCCUUUUUGUGUAGACUGUGCGGUCGUAUUUGCCUCGACUUCUAACAGAGCAUAUGCGUCGCGUUCUAAGAAAACUGGGCAUAAUGCAUGUGCGUAAAGUGUCACCCCAGAUUAGCAUGUGCAGUCCGCACAGGCUAAUCAGGGACGACACUUUUAUGACAUUUGUUGUUUAAAUGCACAUAUCCAAUUAAGGCGGAUAGCGUCGUCCCUGAUUAGCAUGUGCGGACUGCACAGGCUUAUCUGGGACGACACUUUACACACAUGCAUUAUGCCCAGUUUUCUCAGAACACGACUCCUAUUAUGAUCUAGUCUUGAAUUGCAAGUUCAAGGUUUUACCUAUCCAAAGUCUCGGAACGGUGAUUCGAAGUUCAAAUGUGUAUUUUUUUUAAUAGUUUUGAGUGCUUGCUUAUAUUUUUGAUAUAUUUUGGUAUAUGUUGUCAGUAUUUUGUGCCUUUUCAUGUCUUGUGCAAGUGCCACAAACUUAAAAUCAACAUCAAUAUUGACAUAACUAUGGUUUGAUUGCUAACAUUUCCUCUGGGAUAGAUUAUAAUAGGUUAAAAACCCAUAUAUUUAAAAAAAGAGUUAUCAUUUUCUUGACAAAGCGAAGGUAAACACUUGUUCAAGACAUGACAAGCGCGCAUGCAAGCAAUAGGGCAUGUUUAAUAUGUAUCAAAAUUGUUACAUCAGUAUGGUCGAAGUAAGACCGUUGUUAAAUCGGUGAAAUCAAUGUACUAACUGGAAACUGGUUUAAAUUAUUUUUUACAUGUUUUUUGCCCAAUUUAAUCAAUUUGUAUAUUUUGAAUAAUUAUUUAUUUAAUUUAUGCUUGAAUUUUGAAAUUCGUAUUUAUUGCUGUAAAUGUACUAGCAUUUGAAUCCUUCGAAUUUUUCUGAAAAUGUUAGUAUUGCGCAUGAUACUUGUACGUCUAAAUCGAAAACAUUACACCAAAUGGUGAGGAACUACUUAAGCACAAAUUUAAUGUACUGCUUUAUGGCACAGCGGAAGAAUACAGUCACGUGGACAGCCAUCUUAUAUCUCCCGUCAUUCCAUUUCAUUCGGGCAUUGCCCGUUAAAAUUUUCGUCUAAAUCAAGUUUCGUGUAGCUAAUAUUUUGUAAACGUCACAAUUUAGUCAUGUUUGUGUUAUUGUGUUGUUGUUAUUCAUCAUCAACUCAUCUCUGUCUUUUGUCUGGCUUUCUGUCAUUCAUAUUGUUUUGCAUACUAUUUUCUUCCCAUGAAAGAUUUCACGAACGAUUAUAAAUAUUGUGUUACCAGUCAUGAUCGAUUUUUUGCGGUAUUUGUUUUUCUUUGAUGUGUCGGCAUUUUGUUUUUCAUGUUCACAGUAAGGAAUACAUAAUCAGCAGUUUUACUAUAUUUUUAAGUGUGACAGUUUAAAUUGUGUUUUUUUUCACUCGUUUUGUUACAUUUUAUAAUUCGUUUUAAAUAAUUUUUAAUUUGGUUAUUCUAGAUUUGUUAAUUUACGUUGUUUGAAUCUUUCGUUCGUUUUAUUGAGUUAUUAAUUUUCCGAAAACUUCGGUAAAAAAUAACAAUUUAAAUUAUACAAAACUGAAGCUAAUCAGUAAAAAUAAAGAUAUAUUAGGAUAUAUUUAUUAAAAUAUUAACCCAUUUAUGCCUAGCGUCUAGAAAAAAGGCCUUGGCAGGGUCUGCGCUGUUUGCUUAAAGGAAUUUCUUUAAGAAAUAUUCUUAAUAUUGAAAUAAAUAUACUAGACAUCCCUCAUUUUUUAAAUAAAUUGAUCCAAUUUAGAAGGAUUGGAGAGUCCACUAGGCAUAAAUGGGUUAAAACAAUAUUUUCUUUUGUAAACUUACUCAAAACUUGUUUUGUUUUCGACUCAGCGUCUCAGCAGUGAUAAACAUAGAUGGUUGUUAAUUUUUGUUUAUGAUUAUGUUGGUUUAAUUAAGAAUUCCUUUAUUUUAACAAGUUUAAGAUUCCGCUUCCAAAGUUAAAGAUUUAGUGAAGCAUUUUGCUAUAAAAAGCGAACAUAACACAGCUUAUUAAGCGCCCAAUUGUCGGGAAUCGUGAAUCACAUCAUGCCGUCAUACUUGUGACGUCACACACACAAUACCCGCCACGGGACGCCGUGUUGAGCCGCCUGUGAUGUCAGUGUAUAUAAUUAUUGUAUUUAUAGAAUUAUGUUCCACAUGUAUAUAACUGUUACUGUUCUUCUGGUAUUUCACAAUAUCAUAAAAUUAAAUAAAACAAGUCA